CACUUUCCAAAAUCAGGAAAACGCAAUUCAGUAUUUGAAUAAUCAUGAAAACUAAUUCAGAUCUUUAUACCAUGAUUACAAAUGUAGCAGAGAUCAAAUGUGAAUUUGUGUAACAUAAACUAAUCUUGCUAAUUCCUCGUUCCUUUGGAUGAAAUAAAAUCAUGGAAAAAAUAACAUGUUUACCAAAAAUUUGUUUGAGUGAAUUAUUGAUUAAACUAAACAAAUGAAGCAAUGCUAGGUAAUUCACUUUGCUUGGAUUGCAGGUUCCAGGUGUUGUGUCUUUUGGAGCAAUGUGGCAUUUUCUUGUGAACCAGCCACAUUUGAAAGAGAAGGCAAAAGGAUGUGGCAAGCAGUAUGGAAAGGGGUAUAGGCUUUAUUGUUCAGGGCAUGUUAAAGAUAUUAUGUAUCACCCUAUGUCUGCAGUAUCACCAUUUAUCUAUCUAAAAGCAACUUUUCUUCCAACAAUGACAAAAUCGAAAACGUACACAAGUUAUAUAUCAGUAUGGCAAUCAUCUCACCAUAUACACUCAACAUAUUGUACAUGCCCUGCAGGAUUGGGUGGCAUUUGCUGCCAUGUGGCAGUAUUUUUAUAUGUAUGCUCAGAUACCAGAACUUCAGGUCACACCGACCUCUAUGUUUCAGAACCCUCUAUAUCACGUACAUCCUAUCCUCAACAGUGGCACUUGCCCCGUAGAAAACAAAAAGGUGAUAAUUUCCCAAUCAGUGACGCAGUUUUUGAGAAAUACGACCCCACCAAGCCAAAGAAGAGAAAACCAAAUAUCAGGCAAUCUGACCCCAGACCAAAUCACCUUCAGAGAAACAAUCGUGAAAAAGAUAUACCAAUUACGCAGUAAGCUUGAAGAGUUGAAAACAAAAGUCAAAUCCAAUGCAUUUCUCCAUGUCUUGCCAUUUGCUCCAUCUGUAUCUGCCAGCUCAUUUGAUCAUGACUACAAAUGUACUGCAUCGGAAUCAACUAGAAAUCCAAUUCAAUCCCAAAGAAACUCAAUGAGCUCAGUAGCUCCUAAUUCAACUGGUGCAGGAAGUUCUCAACAAUCAACAGAUUUCUUGACUGUUAUAUCCACCACAUUUGAAAUUCAUUCGAAGCAUAAUUAUUGUAAGCAACAAGAGAUCCCAAAAUCAUCUGAAGAACUGUCCGUUGAUGAAGAGUUUAAGGAUAAGUGCCGUAAGUAUGAGCAGGCACAGAAAGAGACAACUGAAGAAUUUGAGCAAAUUGAACAGUCUACCAGGGGUCAGUCAGUCAAUGAAAACUGGCAUAAACAUAGACAGGAGAAAGUUACAGCAUCUGUGGCUGGUGCCAUUAUCAAUAGGAGGAAAACAACUCCACCUGAUAAUCUUCCGAGAAUUAAAGGAUACGACAAUCGGAAAUUUAUUCUAAAGGCUUGACGUCAUAAUAUGAACUUUCACUGUAGUUAUGUGAUAUACCUUCUUAUCUUUAAUAGCUAUUUGUUCAUUCUUCUUAAGGUAUUUGUCAGUUUGUUACCUUCUUUGCUUCGUACAAUAUGCCGGCCAUGGACAUGAUUGCAGUACCUGUACACUCAUUCUCUUAUAUUUCUGUGGUUUCAUGAAGUUAU